CCCCCCGCCCCCUCUCCAUCUAUCCCUCUCCCCUCUCCCCCUCCUUGCUCCUCCCUCCCCUGCUCUAGCUCCCUCCAUCUCAGUUUAUACCCCGAGGAUUGAGAUGCUCGGCCAGCGGCUUUUCUCCUUCCGGGGCCUUCUUAGCCCAGGUGCGCGUGACACGCUCCCGCGCGCCCUUGCCCAGGGGCCCGGCGCGGUGAUGGCGGCGACGGCGACCGCGGCCCCCGGCGCCUCGGCUCCUGCCCCUCGACGCUACUACUCUUUCGACCCGAACAUGAUGAACCUCAUGAACAAGGACCUGUACAAGAUCGUGGGCGUCUCGUCCUCCGCCUCGAAGGACGAGAUCAAGCGUUCAGUUCGCAAGAAAUCCAAGCAGGUCCAUCCCGAUCUGAACCCCAAUGACCCGAAGGCUGCCGAGAAAUACAACGAGCUCCGUGAGGCGGCCGACAUCCUCACCGACGAUGGCAAGCGCCAGCAGUAUGACGAGUUCAAGAAGUUCGGUGGCAGCCCCGGUGGCGGCUUCGGCGGCUUCGGCGGAGGUGGCGGCGGCGGCGGGUUCAACCCCUUCGGCGGUGGUGGCGGGUUCAAUCCCUUUGGUGGACCCAGCGGGUUCGCCCGAUCUGCCGACGGUUCAACCUACUACAGUGUCAACAACCCGGACGACCUGCGGGACUUCUUCCGCGGAAUGGGCUUCGACUCGAGCGAGGCGGAUUACGACCCGCCUGGGCGCACCCGCCGGCGCAACCGCGGCCCGCAGCAGCAGCAGCAGCAACAGUCGCCAGUUCGGGAACCGCCGCCGGCCCGCCGGCACCCGGUCGGCGCGGAUCUCGGGGUGCCCCUACGUCUGACCUUCCGCGAGGCGGUCCUCGGGUGCAGCAAGGACGUGAAGUUCACCACGACCGUGGAUUGUGUCCACUGCAAGUCCAUGGGGUAUGUCUCGAGCCCCGGGUCUCGGCCUGGGGACGGGGGUUUCCAGUCCUGUCGGCAUUGCGAUGGCAGCGGAGUGACCACUUCCCAGCGGACGGAGCGCGUGGUCAUCCCUCCCGGCACGUCGGACGGGGCCACCAUCAAGAUCCCCGGGGCCGGGCACUUUGGCAAGCCGGCCGGCGACCUGCUGGUGCAGAUCGGCGUCCAGGCGAGCCCCAUCUGGCGCCGGGUGGGCGAGCCCUUCCCCGGGUCGACCCAGGGCCGGGACAUUAUCUCCACCGGGGCCAUCUCCCUGCAGGAGGCCAUCCUUGGAACUGCCCGCACGGUGGACACCCUGUCCGGUCCGUCGCUGGCCAUCCUGGAGCCGGGCACCACGACCGUCCGCCUGCCAGGGCUCGGUGUGCCGGCCCCGAAGGGCGGCUCCGAGCCCAAUGGCGACCACAUUGCCCAAUUUGACAUCGAGCUCCCGCCGGCCGCGCGGUCCCUGACCCAGGAGCAGCGGCAGAAGCUGCUGGAUGUCCUGGCCGAAGUGGGGCUCUCGUCGUAGGCAGCUGUCAAGAAGCGGGCAGGGCGAGGGAACAGGAGAGAGAGAGAGAGAGAGAGAACGCGAGAGAGAUAAACAGCGAGAGACAUGCACAUCCUGGCUCUCGGUCAUUGCUCGAUCUCCUUCUCUAAUUGGCACCUGCGUUGUCCUUCUGCCGGGGGGCGAGCUCAAGCUGGUGCGGCCCCUCGCGGCCCUCUGCAACGCGCCCAGCUCCCGCUACCCGGGCAAACGCCACACAUCAUCCAUCCCGCGCUCCGCCUCAUCCGGCUCUUCUUUAGAGCGUGCUUCUUUGCUUGCGUCGGCCCUUCGAGUCUCCCUCAGUGCUCUUCUUCCUCGGGUGGGUUUGUGUGCGCGCCCGCACGGGACGAGGUCCUUGUCACACUUCCUCACCUCUUCCCUGGCGAACGGCGGCACGGGCUCGCAUCGC